CUUGUCCAAUCACAAAAACGAAACGGUAAAAAUCAACUGCCGUCUCCCCUUUGCUCUUCUCUCUCUCUCUUGUUUUUGGCAUUUCUUUUCCUCAGUCUUAACUAAACACUCACCAAAUACUCCCCCAUUUUUCUUCCUUUCUCCAUUUUUGUUCUUCGAUUAAUUCAAAAAACUUCGAUCUUUACAUUUACUGUGUUUUCCGAGCAGCACAAGUGUGUGUGUAUAUAUAUAUUUAUGAGUAUGUUGAAAAAGCUUGUCGAGAAGGCUUCUUUUGUUAAGAAGCCUGGGGGAGAUUCAGAUGGUCUGAAACCCGAACACGUAAAUCCCCGCUGUGUUUAUCAUUAUGGAAUCCCAUCAGGAUCUGUGCUAUCAGCUUAUGACUCCAUUCAAAAAAUUGUUGCUCUUGCUACCGAAGAUGGACGGAUCAAAUUAUUUGGGAAAGAUAGCACACAAGCUCUGUUGGUAUCAUCAGAUACAGUUUCGAGCAAAUUUUUGCAGUUUAUGGAGAACCAAGGCCUCCUCGUUAACAUAAACUCCAAUAACCGAAUAGAGGUCUGGGAUGUAGAGCAGAGUUAUUUGUGUAAUGUUCAUGACUUCGACCGGGAAAUCACCUCUUUUACAAUCAUACAGCAGACUUCCUACCUGUACCUUGGAGAUUCAUCAGGACAUGUUUCAAUUAUGAAGGUUGUUAAAGCAUCCUGUAAUAUAGAGAAAAUGGAAUAUUGCAUUCCUUUUUCAGCGUCCCAUGGCCUAUCAAAUGAAGUAGCAGGGGACAACGCUGUAGCCCAUAUACUGCCUCAACCUGCUGCAGAAAGUAAGAGGGUGGCUAUUGUUUACAAAGAUGGUGUUAUAAUACUAUGGGCAAUUCGAGAGAGCAAAGCAAUCUUUAUGACUGGAGGGAGUCCUUUGCAAUCUAUGGGUAACGAAACAAAAAAAGCAACCGCAGCAUGUUGGUGCUGCCCUUAUGGAAGUAAACUAGUUGUUGGAUACAGCAACGGGGAGAUAUUCAUCUGGAGUAUUCCAGCCACUUCAAAUUCAAGCACAGAUCAAGAACUUGAGGAAGUGCCUAGUGGAACUCAAAGUGCCCCUAUUUGUAAACUGAAUCUUGGAUAUAAAUUAGACAAAAUCCCUAUAGCAAAAUUAAUAUGGGCCUAUGCAGAAGGAAAAGCAAGUCGAUUAUAUGUUAUGGGCUCCCCAGAUUGUCAAGCAGCAAACUUGCUACAGGUAGUUCUACUAAAUGAGCACACUGAAUCUCGCACAAUUAAGUUGGGACUUCACCCUCCCGAGUCUUGUCUGGACAUGGAGAUUAUAUCAAGCUUCCCUGCAUCGAAAAAGAACAUCAACAGUUCGUUACUUUUGGUAUCAAAGUCUGGCCAAAUUUACACAUAUGAUGAUUCUUUGAUUGAAAGGUACCUAUUACAGUAUCAGUCUAGGUCACCACCAUCACUUCCAAGGGAAGUGAAGGUGAAGCUCCCACUUGUUGAUUCAAGCAUCACCAUUGCAAAAUUUGUAGUAAACAAUCCCUACAUGUUGUUUUCCAUGGAUCAGGACUAUAGUAGCCUGAUAAAAGAUAGUAUGCCUCUUUUUCCAUUUGAGAGGGCACAAAAAGAUGGAACUGGUCCAAAUUCAACUCAAUUUUCCAAGGCCAAAAAUGUAUUCAUAAGUGGACACAGUAAUGGAGCCAUAAACUUUUGGGAUGUCUCAUGCCCAAAUCCACUUCCUAUUGUUUCACUAACUCAGCAGAGUGAGGACAACCUAUCCUUAAGCGGUGUACCAUUAACAGCGUUGUGUCUUACCUCUGACUUACAUAUCCUCAUCUCUGGUGAUCAAAGCGGAACUGUACGUAUCUAUAAGUUCAAAACUGAGUUUUUUGCCCCAGACACCAGUUUUCUGUCUUUUCAAGUAGGUUCAAAGAAAGGAAGCAACCCAAUCCAGAGUGUCAAGCUUGUUAAGGUUAAUGGAGCUGUACUUUCUAUAAGCAGCCAGGAUUCUAAGUAUUUUGCUGUUGGCUCUGACCAAGGAUAUGUAGUAUUAAUUGAUUCCGACAGCAAAACCAUACUGUAUCAAACACAUAUUGCCAGUGAAAUCUGCGCUGGUGUCAUCUCUAUGCAGUUCAACACGUGCAGCUUGCAUGGAUUCGACAAGAAUAUCUUAGUGGUAGCGACAAAAGAUUCAUCAGUGUUGGCCCUUGAGACAGAAACAGGAAACAUACUAAGCCCUUCCAUGGUCCAUCCGAAGAAACCGUCCAGAGCUUUAUUUAUGCAGAUUUUGGAUGGACAAGAACUGUCGGGUCGAGGAUUAAGCAUUUCAGAUGGUAUAGACAUGAUUAAGGGGAAUUCGGAUAAUAGUGCAUCAAAGCAACCAGUAGUAUUGCUCUGUUCUGAAAAAGCUGUGUACGUCUAUUCCUUAUUGCAUAUUGUUCAGGGUAUUAAGAAAGUAUACUACAAAAAGAAGUUUCAUUCCUCUGUGUGUUGCUGGGCAUCAACAUUUGACACGCCUGAGGCUGGCCUUAUGCUUCUCUUCUCCAACGGAAAAAUUGAGAUAAGAUCUCUUCCAGAGUUGUCCCUUUUGAAGGAAACUUCAGUUAGAGGCCUCAUACUUUCACCUCCAAAGGCAAACUCCAUUGCUGACCAUUCAAUAUGCGCUUCAAAAAAUGGUGAACUCAUAGUGGUUGAUAGGGAUCAAGAAAUGUUCUUCGUCUCGGUUUCCUUGCAAAAUGAUACCUUCAGGUUCCUGAACUUUGCUUCCCAAGUUUACGAUAGAAAUCUAGUGGUUGAACCAGGGCAGAUUUCUGCACCCGUCAUGCACAAAGAAAAGAAAAAGGGAAUUUUUGGAUCUGUCUUCAAAGAUGCUAAGGGAAAUAAGGCGAACAAUGUGCCUGACACCGGAGUUGAAAAUGCAAGAAUAAUCAUUGAAGAGAUGUCUGUGAUAUUUUCAGUUCCCAACUUUCCAUCACACACACAGAGUGAAGAGAAGUUAAGCAGGAAUGAAAAGGCAGCUGACUUGGAUAUAGAUGACAUUGAAAUUGAAGAUCCAGGAGAGAAACAGAAGGGAAAUCCAAUGGUAGCAGCACUAAACAAGCAGAACAUUACAAAUACAUUUCAGGCUCUGAAAGGGAAAUUUAUGCACAUGAAGGUCAAAAGUGAUAAGCCCCCGACAAAUGAUGCACCACAAGAUGACAAGGCAGAUAGUGUUGAUCAAAUUAAGAGAAGAUAUGGAUACACUUCUUCUGGUGAACCCAGUGCUGCAGAGGCAGCAAAGUCAAAGCUCAGCGAAAAUCUGAAGAAGUUGCAGGGCAUCAACAUAAGAAGUGCUGAGAUGCAGGACACAGCUAAAUCCUUUUCUUCCAUGGCUAAAGAGGUGUUGCGAUAUGCUGGAAAUGACAAAGCAAAUUCAUGAUUGGUUCGCUCAACACCUAAAAAUGUGUUGCUGGAACUGUAUAUUAGAUUACAAUUUUGAGUAUUUUGCCAGAUAUUAUCUAUUUUCCUUUUAUUAGAUUGGAAGUUUGAGAUUUUCUUGUUUUCUUACUUCUACUUAAUAUGUAAAUAGUUAUCACAAACCCUGGGUUUGUUCAUGCGUAUACACAAUGUUUGAUAUGAUUCUUUAAAGACAAUGGUGUAGGAGGGUGAACAGUGUUUCCUUGUUUGAAGUUAUAUAGAUGCCUCAGUAGAAAGUUCAUUUGAUGUGAACUUAAAAA